AACAGUCCAGUUUUGCCCCGGCAGGCGUUUUUGCGGAAUGUGAAUGAACUUGGUGCAACUGUUUUCAUUGUUUGUGUCAACAACAUUAGUGCACGAAAACACCAGAACUUGAAGGAGGCAACAUGUAGUAGUAGUUCCUUCGAUGCCUGUGCACAGGUAGUCGCCGUCAACCUUGAUGACAAUUUUUUCCCGAACAGAGCACAAGCAGCAGCGGCCGUGAAUGGGCGACAGCGCAACCAUGGACGCUGUGGUUGCAGUGGCCAUCAGUGUGCUGGCAGUGGUGUUUGUUGGCUCCCUGGUGGCACUGAUCAUAGUUUGCCGCCACAAAUAUUGCUCCAACAAGGACCACCUCUCACGGCAGAUGCAAGAUUCCAGGCCAGACAUUCACCUGAUUCAUGGACAAGGCGACAGUAAUGACGUCGAGCUCGAUGAUGUCAGACUUCACCCGGAUAUUGAGAAGAUCCUCGCCGACGAGCAAUGGGUGGACGAUGCAACGGGUUUGAUACCACACUGCUUGUCCAUUUUAAAGGCAUGCCAUCAGCUGACAGAGCGGCUGGUGACGCUCGCCGUCAGCUCGCCCUCACAACCUACGCAGUCGCAAGUCGUAGAGAUGGCCUCCGCCGCGCGCAGGGUCAGCCCUCGUGUCGACGAUGUUAUCAGGGCCAUGUACCCACCGUUGGACGCUAGACUUCUUGAGGCAAGAUGCCGUGCAGUGAUCCUGUCUGUGGUACAUCUCACGCUGGUACUACGAACAGUGUGCAACAUUCCUGCAACACCAGCAUGGAUUGAGGACUACUCAGCUGACAUGGAAGCACACAUGCAGGUCCUCCGAGAUGCUGCCAUGGUUGCCGACAUGAUGUCCCAUCAAACUUGUGAUCAACCAGUAAUGGUGCCGACUACAAACCACUUCAGCGCAGCCUGACUCUUCUGAUAGGAGAGUUUUACUCCAGCUUCAAAUGUUCCAAUGUUUCUGUGUGCUGUUAUGUCUUUCAGUGUUUAUCUGAAUACCGCUGUGCUGUGUCUGCUGUUCAUAAGGGGACCACAAAAUAGGCAGAGUGCAUAUUUGGGUCUGGAACCAAUGUCCGCUUCAGCACAGCAUGACUACUCUCACAAGGGAGAGUUGUCCUCCAACUUCAAACAUUCCAAUGUUUUUGUGUACUGUUAUGUCUUUCAAUGUUUACCUGAAUGCCACUGUGUUAUGUCCACUGUUCACGAAAUAGGAACAGUGCAUAUUUGAAUCUGGAACCAGGGGUGUAGCAAGAAUACAUAUAUAUAUAUAUUUUUUUUUUUGGGGGGGGGGCACUAUAAGUAUACUAAAUUAAGGAGGAUUUCACCCCCCCCCCCCUUUCCCAGAUGCACUAAGAAGGGUGCGGGUUUGGGGAUUUGUACCCAAAAAUGCCACUUUCUCAAACCAGUAAUCACUUAUUCAGUGCAGCAUGACUCUUCUCAAAGGAAGGUUGUACUUCAGCUUGAAACAUUCCAACAUUUCCUUGUAUAGUUUUGUCUUUCAGGGUUUAUCUGAAUACUAUUUGGCAAGAAUAAUAUUUCGGGAGGUUCUAUGGAUACAUUACAUGAAGGAAAAGGACUUCACCCUUUAUUUCCCUUUCCCAAAUACAGCAUCAAAUGCACCAAUCUGUGGGGUUUUUACCCCUUCCAACUGCCACUGUCUCAAACCAAUAAGGACUUCAGCACAGCAUGACUCUUCUCAAAGGAGAGCUGUACUUAAGUGGGGAACAUUUCAGCAUUUGCUUGUGUACUUAUUUCUUUCAGCGUUGAUGUGCAAACCACUGUGUUAAUCCUACCGUUUAUAAUGAUACUACAAAAUAUGCUGAGUACAUAUUUGGAUUGGGAACCUAGAAGGUCUACAGCACAGCAUCUUCUCAAAGGAGAGUUGCAAACCAGCCUCAGACAUUCCAACAUUUCCUUGUACAUUUCCUUCUUUCACUGCUUAUCUGGAUAUCACUGUGUUAUAUAUACUGCUCAUUGGGGUACCACAAAGUAGGCAUAUUUAGGCAUUAAAUAGGCACAAAAGAGGCAUAUUGCAUAUUUGGUAGCAAGAUGAUGACUUCAGAAGAGGUUCUGUCUGUACUUUACAUGGGGGAGGACUUCAUCACUGUUUUCCCUUUCCGAAAUGCACAAUUGAUACAAGUUUGGGGGGGCCCUGAACCAAACCUCACAGCCCCCUCAGGGACGUCAGAAUGUUUUCAAAUAUGGGGGACAGAAAUAAUCCCGUGGGGGGGGGGGGGGGGGCUGUUAAACAUACCUGGUGUGCCUUCUUGUAAGGAAGGUAAUAAAGCGAGCUAUGAAUGGUGAUAAUACAAUAAUGGCAAUAAAUGCGAAGUGGUGAUAUUUGUACAAAUUGAGGCGGAGGCAUUGAGGUGGACGAGUUCGGAAUUUGCCAUCUGCCUGUCGUAUAGUUUUGUCGGAUCUCUUGAUCAUUGUUUCGUUGAUGCCCACAGAAGUAUGCUAUGCGUGACAACCACUUCGAUGAGUCGCCAUGCAAUCGACAAUUUUGCAAAGUUGCAAACUGCAUGUGAUUGUAGAAGUUGGGGGGGCAGGGAACCCCCCUGUUUCGACGUCCCAGACCCCUCUGGCGACGUCACUGUCUCAGACCAAUACACACUUCAGCAUAGAAUUCCUCUUUUCAGAGGAGAGUUGUACUCCAGCACCCAACAUUCCUUUGUACAGUACUGUUUUUCAAUGUUUAUCUGAAUGACAGAGUUAUGUCCGCUGCUCUUAAUGAUACCACAAAAUUGGCAGCGUAGAUAUUUGGAUGUGGUACAGCUCCUGACAACCUUAAUAAUAACACUGAAAAAAAAAAAUUCGGUCUAAUUUCCGAGCACUGAGGGGAUGUUAAGUGAACAAAAUCCUUGCAUUAAACUAACAGAAUAAUUUUGUUCAACUAAGAUUUCCUCGUUGCCCCAAGGGUUGCUGUAAUCGCGUUCGGCAACGAAACGAUAUUUUUUUCACUGUUACUAUUAAGCUUGACGUGAGCUGUAACAAUAACCACUUCGGUGCAGCAUGACUCUUCUCAAAGGAGAGCUGUACUGCAGCUUCAAGCAUUCCGAAACUUCCCAUUAUAGUUACGUCUUUCAAUAUUUAUCUGAAUACCGUUGCGUUAUAGGUACUGUGCAUGAUAAUGAUAUACCACAAAAUAGGCAGAGUACGUAUUUGGAUCCCCAACCAAUAAGGCUCUCCUUACAUUAUUUGCCCACAGGAUGUUAUGUGGCAAACUUGAUGCUGCUCUUUGGGCAGUCAUUGUAUAUGUGCGAAUUGAACUUUUUUUUUUUUUCUACGGGAUUUUCAUAAAGUGAUGACAUUUGUGCUGUACAUCUGAAAGGGU